AUGGAUGCCAAAUUUCUUCACUUUCUUUCUCUUACCGUCUUUCUCAUCCAUUUCUCAACUGCUUUCAUUCCCCAAGAUAAUUUUCUUAUCAACUGUGGAUCAAGCAUAAACACUAUUGUAGUCCAGAACAGAUACUUCACUGGGGAUUCAUCCAAGAAUGGUUCUUCGUAUCUAUCUAAAGGUAAAUCGAUUUCUCUCACGAAUCCAAUCCCAGCAUCAAAUUCUUCUGUACUUCACAGUACAGCUAGAGUUUUCACUUCUGUUUCAAGCUAUAAAUUCAACAUAAAAAACAAUGGAUUCCACUUAGUCCGUCUUCAUUUCUCUCCAUUCAGUUCUCAGGAUUAUGAUCUCAAGAAUGCGAAUUUCGUAGUUUCAGCUAAUGGAAAUUCACUUUUAAGCAACUUUUCAGCUCAGUUUACUAUCCUUAAAGAGUUUAUCUUGAUGGUUAAUAGAGAUGAGCUUGAAAUUCUUUUCAUGCCAACUCGUGAUUCCAAUUUUGCAUAUGUGAAUGCAAUUGAAGUGUUUUCAGCACCAAAAGAUUUCAUUAUUGACGAAGGGAUAACAUUGAUUAGUCCUAAUGGAAUUCAAGACUUUAAGCAGAAUAUUUCGUCCAAAAUUUUAGAAACUGUUCAUAGGAUUAAUGUUGGAGGACCAAAAUUAACCCCUUUUAAUGAUACCCUUUGGAGAAAUUGGAUUCCAGAUGAAGAUUUUCUUGUCUUGACAUCUGCUGCAAAAAUUGCUAAGACUAUUAAUCCUCCUAAUUACCAACCAGGAGGUGCCACUAGAGAAAUUGCCCCAGACAAUGUAUACAUGACUGCACAACAGAUGAAUAUAGAUAAGCGAAGCUCUAAUUUUAUGUUCAAUAUAACAUGGGAUUUUCCUGUAAGAUCGGAGGAUUCUCUGCACUUUGUUCGUUUGCAUUUCUGUGACAUUGUUAGCAUUGCACUUCAGACGUUGUACUUCAACGUAUAUAUAAACGGGAUCAUUGCAUUCAAAGAUCUUGAUUUGUCUCUGCUUGCAUUCCAUGAGCUUGCGUCGCCUAUUUUCGUUGAUUUUGUUGUACAAAGCUUGGAUAACUCAAACAUUGUUCGGAUUAGUGUUGGUCCUUCUGACCUCAGUAAUAUUUUAAGGAAGAAUGCUAUUUUAAAUGGGGUUGAGAUUAUGAAAAUAGUGAAUCCUGUGGGUUCAGAUAAGAGGGCUAAGACGAAAAACAUUUGGAUUUUGGUUGGUUCAGUUGGAGGUGGAUCUUUUGUGUUAAGCUUAGCAAUUCUUAGUACAUUGGUAGUACUCAAAUGCAGAAGGAGAAAACCCGAACCAAGACUUGUUGAAAGCACAGGAUGGACUCCUGUUCGUGUAAACGGAGUCAGCUCCCAUGGCACGUUGUUGGAAGGGGAGGUUCUUGGUUAUGAAUCUCAAGCUGAAACCGAUGUAUCUCCUAGAUUUGUUCCCGGAGUUGGUGUUGGGGUCGAGGGGGAUAGCAACGAUGUUUCUUCAGAUAUAACAACGAGCCGAGUUUUCUCCCAGUUGAUAACUAAUGAAGGCAGAUAG